UUUUGUAGCCUGCACUUCUCUCCCUCGCCACCAAAAGGGGGAAUAGGCUGAGGCAGCUGUCACUUAACAUGUGAAUGUUCUGAGGGCGGCCCAGGGGCCUUUAGAACCCCCCCCCCCCUCCUCCCCCACCAUCCCUCUCCCACCCACUCAAAGCGCAGCAGCAUUGAGUUUUUAAGCUACGUUGAGAUCCAGGGGAUGGGCUUCAUUGGGUGAAAUGAGAGAGAGUGUGUGGGGGGCGGAAACCAAAGGAAAGGUAAAAGCGGGGCACUCUGUCAUCUAGCUGCAUGGUACAGGAGCAACCUGAGCAGCAUCAGAGCCGGUGAGAAUGAUAUCAUCUUGUUGUUCAAUGGAUCCGUCAUAGUCCGACCCCCCACGUCUAAGCUGACCUUGGCAGAGAACUCUGGGAGUUCAACUGAAUCGUUGGAAUACAUUGUGUCCAUCUAGGCACACUAUCCCAUCAGCGGCGUUAACAAGGAAGGAAUUCCUCUAUCACAGCUCCCACAACAAAGAAGAAAGGGAGAGGAGCGGAGCCGGUGGGAGGAGAAGUGAGCUGAGGGGAGGGGUGCACUGUGAGGGGAAAGGAAGAGGACAUUGUUUCCCUGUGACUGUGGGCAACGGAAAAGCAUGAGUUAUCAGAACAUGUGCUUGAUUGUGUUUAGAAAGUGUGUUUUUAGGUGAGCAUGCAUAAAUGUAUUGAAGUGAUUUGAGUGUGUAUUCAAGAGAGCAUGGAUGUGUUGGUGUGCACAGCCUUCAGUUUGGGAUGUUAGAACUGGGAGGCCACUCAAAGGAUGCUCAGACAAAGCUUUGUUUUAUUUUUUUUUCACAACCUCUGAAUGCUGAAUGGGGAAUGACUGGAUUCCUUUACUCAUGCUGUUGGCCCCUGGUAGAGGGUAGCUAAAGGUGAUUCUCCAUGCAUGGGCGAGGGCUCUUACCUCAAUCAUUACCUCAUUAGCCUCCGGGCUGAAGGAUUAUGGGUAACCUCGUAAGCCGGCCCAGCUGCCUCGGCCAAAAGUCCAAGCAAGUGCGAUCGGAUGAAGACUUCCUGAAGGAGUGCUACCAUCGGCGAAAAGAGAGGCAGCUUCCUCAACAUGGGCAGGAUAAGAACAAGGACAACGUGACGGAGACACCAAAGGAGGAACAAGAACUUCAUCACAUGAGGGAGAAAGGAGCUCAAACACCAAUUUCUGACAAACCUCUCCACAGCUCCCCUGCCUCAACAAUCAGGAGUACCAGUACUUUGGAUCAUGCCUGGCAGAGCACCCCCUCACCUAUAAAAACAUCACGCAAUGGGACACUGAAGAGAAGAGUUGUGCCCCCAGAGUAUUCGAGAUCUCCCUUGGCUUGUCCUGACAAGACUGCUGCAGAGGGAAGGACUAGUUUUCAGAGGAGAGACUCGAGGGAAGGGAGUCCGUGGUCCUGGAAGACUGUGGCAUCACGGGAAGUGACAGAAGUGACAGAGGUGACGGAAACUAUCGUGACUGAGAUCGUGGAAGUAACAGAGUAUCCAACAGGAGAUAAGUCAGGGGACCCCAUUAUCACAAGAACUGUUCGAGUCCUGAAUGGAGUUGCCCAGGAACUUGCUGAGCUACAAGGUGAUGGACACUCAAGCUCAGAUCAAGAUUCGUGCGUGGAUAAGUGUCCAUUGGCUCUGCGAAACAUAUCUACCGAUUCCGAGGCGAUUAUUCAAAGUUUGGAAGCCUUGCUGACAUGGGUGUGUGAAAUAGAGGAGCUCACAGCGAAUCAGAAGCCUCCAUCUUCAGAGGUCAAAGUGGUGAAAGCACAGCUUCAAGAACAAAGGCUCCUGCAGCGCCUCCUAACAGACCAACGGAAAAGUAUACAAACUAUGAUGUCAGAGGGUCCUCGGAUAGUGGAGGCCCAUCCAGGAGAGAAGGGGGAUCAGGCUCAGGUCAUGCUCUGUGCUCUCAAAAAGAAGUGGGAGUCCAUACAGUGGGAGGAGAAUCAAAGGAGUGACAGUCUGGAGCGUAUUUUACCGAUGGCUCAACUCUUCCAGGAGGGUGUAGACAAUUUGCAGCACUGGCUCAUAUCUGUUGAGCAGGCCCUCACUGAACUACGAAACGCUGAAAGAGUGAUGCUGCAUCCUUUAGAAGCCAUAGUGAGGGCUAAGGCAUUCGCUGAUGAGAUUCAGGCUAAAACUGAUGAGCUUGCAAAAGUUCAAAAGACAGGUCAAGAGCUCAUGGAAGUGAUCUCAGAGGAGGAGGAACACCAGGUGCGGGAGAAAUUAGAUGGACUUCGUAUCCGAUGCUCCGUGUUAAAUCUGAGUAGUCAGGACGUUCUCCAAAGGCUCGAACAGGCUCUGGAAGCCUCUAAUCGUUGUACAUCCAGCCAGGAGGACCUCCAUGUGUGGCUGGGCCGAAUUGAGAGAGAACUCUUUGGUGCAGCAGGGGAACAGACACAUGCGGGAGAUGCAGUGCUAUGUGCGGCUGAAAGACAGCGGCUGGAACAGGCUGUAGUGAAAGAGGUGGCCUGGUUUAAGGACGUGGCGCUAAGACUUGAAAGGAUGAAAACUGUUCACCUGGAUCCAGACCUCAUAUCCGAACAACUCAAUGAGCAGAAGAUUUUGGCUGUGGAGAUACUUCAGCACAGGUUCAACAUUGAGAAGAUGGCCAAAAUCGCUGAAAUCUUGCAAACAUAUAGCGAAGAAAGUGAAGCAGGGAAUCUAAAGACCCCAAUAGAUGCCUUACAGGAACAAUGCGCCACCACGUCAGCUACUAAUUCUCAUGGAGUUCUGCAGCUUGAGCAUGCUCAGUCAGUUCUUGUUCAGUUCUCAGAGGGCCUUACUGAGGUUUCACCAUGGCUAGAAGAAACACAAAACCUCGUGAGGCAGCUCUCCUUCACCCCGUUUAGCUUUGAUGCAUUCCGUGAGCAACAAGACCUUUUACAGUCCCUGAGAGAGUCAAUAGCUGAACAUCGGCCAUUGAUCUCACGAUUAUGCUCCUUGGCGAAACACCUGUCAGAGCUAAACCCAAUUCAGGGAGAGGGAUUUUGUCGCAAAGCAACUGAGGCUGAGGAGCGGCACCGAGCCAUCAGAGACCAUGUCAGGGAGACUGCCGUUCUACUUGAAGAGUCCUUGCCCAGAUUCACUCAAUUGAACGAGAGGAUGGUUCUUCUCAGAGAAAAUCUCGAUCGUCUGCGCAGUCGCAUCCAAACUCCAACAUCUCUUCAGUGCCUUACCCCGAGGAUUCAAGAGCAGCUACAUGACAACAAUUACAUCUUGUCUGAACUGUCCAAGUUGGAGCUUAGCCUCACAAAUGUCAAGACACAGGCAGAAGACUUGCUGACCAACACACAGCCAGCAGGGGUUACGUCCAUUGGCACAGCAAUCCAGGAGCAAGUCACCACUCUUUGCGAGCUGCUGGGUGAGACGCACAGUCAGGUCCAAGAAAGGGAAAGCUGGUUGCUCAAACUACUGGAUCUGUCCAUGAAGUUUUGGAGCGAAGUUGCUGAUGUCACAUCAGCCCUCAAUAAUGCUCAGCAGGCAGUUUUGGAUCUUAAUGCAAGCCACACUGACUCUGAAACAAUCUGCCAGAGUUUAGAGACGAUGCAGACUCUCAGGGAGGAUAUCGACACUUUGCAAGGAGAUCUUGACACACUUGGUGUCCUUGGAAUGGAUCUGAUGUCAGCAUGUGGGGACACAGACAAACCGGAUGUCACAAAAAACCUGGACGAACUUUAUUGCCUAUGGAACAAUUUGAGUAAAUUGUGGAAUGAAUGUCACGACAAGCUGGAGGAUUCCUUGCAGAUGGCCUUAAAUUAUCAAGACACUAUGCAGGGACUGUUUGAGUGGUUGAAAUCUGCAGAACUGAGGUCAACAGAAGAGUUUGUGGUUGGAACUUACCUGGAAUCAGUCAAAGAGCAGCUGCGGGAACUUAAGGAAUUUAAACGAGAACUUUACCAGAAGAAAAUUGAAAUAGAAAGCCAAAGCCAUCGUUUUGUGAGUCGAUUGUCUCCAGGCUCAGAACGUCCAUGCUCAGUCUCACCCUUGUGCGACUUUCGACUGCGUUGGGACAGUCUGGAAUCAGAGACUGUCAGCAGACAGCAUCAACUGGAGUGUGCUCUCCUCGGCCUGGGGCAGUUCCAAAACACACUGGAUGAGUUGCACACAUGGCUUGCCCAUACUGCUGAACAAUUGCAGGCCAAAAAAACAAUCAGCAUUGACCUGCAGGCUUGUGAAAUAGAGCUGGCCAAACACAAGGUCUUGCAUAAUGAUGUCAUGUCUCACGUUCGCACAAUGGAGUCCCUGAACCAGGCAGGCAAAGAGUUGCUGGAAGUUGGGUCCGGGGACUGUGCGCAUGGUCUUCACUCUCGAUUGGACCAACUCAAUGAAAGCUGGGAGUUUGUUCGGUGUGAAACUGAACGGUAUCAGCUGGAGUUAGAGAACAGACUCAGUCAGGUGCAAGAUAUUACAAUGGAGAUUCAGGACCUCCUACAGUGGCUGGACAAUACAGACAUCAGAUUGCCCUCUUCCAAAUCCAUGUGGGGUAUGCCAGAAUCGACCACUGAGAGCCUUAAUGCUCAUUCGGAAUUGUGCAAUGAGAUGGAGUCAAAGCUUCACACUUACACAGAUGUGAAAAAUGCCAUUCAAAGAAUGCUGGAAAGCAGCAAUGUUGUGCCGGGAUCAAGUACAGAACACAGCCUGUCGAUCUUAGAACAAAGGUGGUCUUCUGUGUACAAUAAAAUUCAAGAGCGAAAGGUAAAGCUUAUGAAAGGCUUGAGUCUGGCCAAGGAAUUCCACAGUGACAUCCAGGACCUUCUCACCAAGAUGUCCAAGUGUAACGAGUCUAUUGGACUCCUCCCAGCUCCCAGCUUUGUUCUGGACACAAUUAACAACCAACUGCAGGAUCAUAGAACACUGGUGGAUGAAGUGAAUGGUUAUGCCGAGAAGAAGACCACAGUGGAAAGUGCCGGCAGUAGACUUGCUGAGUUUAGCAGGAAAGAGGAUUGCGAUGUCAUUCACAACCUCGUCAUGACUGUCCGAGAUCGCUACAAACAACUACAGCAGUGUAUUUCAGAGAGAGGCAUUAUGCUGGAGGAGGUCAAAAAGAAUGCCAAACAGUUUAAUGAAUCUUGGCGUCUCCUGGUGGACUGGAUGUUUGCGGUUGAAGUGACCUUAGACAACCAUAAAGAGAUCGCGCAGUCGCAUGAGGAGAUUAAACAACAACUAACUGAGCAGAAGGAGUUCCAGAAAGUGCUGAGAUCCAAGAGGCCCAUGUAUGAGGCGACACUAAAGAGUGGCCGCAAACUUUAUAAUAGAGCUCAAAGAAGCCAUGACCAACAGCACCUGGAAAACCUUCUGGCUGAACUAAAAGACACGUGGGACACAAUCAAUGGAAAGUCUAUGGAGAGACAACACAAACUGGAGGAAGCUUUGCUCUUCUCGGGAAGGUUCACAGAUGCUCUUCAAGCACUGAACAACUGGCUAUAUAGAGCUGAGCCACACUUAGCCGAGGAUGUUCCUGUCAGCGGAGACAAGGACGUGGUCAACAAUCUGAUAGAAAAACAUAAAGCCUUUCAAAAGGAGCUGGGGAAGCGAGCAGGGUGCAUCAAGACCUUGAGGCGCUCUGUUAAGGACCUGACCAGGAGCAGCACGGCUGAUUCACACUGGCUGCAGGAGCAAAUGGAUGAACUGGAGGGCCGCUGGGAGGUGGUGUGCAAGCUGUCGGUCGGCAAACAGGACAGACUUGAGGCUGCGCUUCAGGAGGCUGAAAAAUUCGAUGACCUUGUCCAUUCUUUCAUGGAGCAUCUCACUGAGGUCGAGAGGCUUUUUAAAUAUGGAGUCAUACCAGAGGAAGUGGAAAGUUUGCUCGCCCUCCACUCAGACAAUGAGCAGACAAUGUUUACCUUAAAAACUCAAUCAACGGAGUUAGAGAAUAUCCAAUGUUUGGGUCAAAAGAUCCUCUCCUCUUGUCACCCAGACUCAAAAAUAACCUUGAAGUCCUGGAUGGGUGUCACCAAGACCCGCUAUGAAGAGGUGCUGGCAUGGGCCCAGCAACAAGGCUUAAGGAUCCAGACCGUUUUAACUUUGAUGGAAGAAGAGAGAGAGGAAGUACAGAGGCUGCUGGAAUGGAUCUCUUCAGCACAAGAAGCUCUGAGCAUCAGAGAUGAAGAGUCUGUGCCUGAAAACACAGAGCAGAACCAAGAACUUAUUGAGCAGCAUUGUGUGUUCAUGGAGGAGCUAAACAAGAAGCUUCCCGAAGUUGAACAUGCAACAAAGUCGUGCAAACAUAAGAGUGUUUCUAAGCAGCAAGUUUCCCCCAGGAAACGACCAAUCGCACAGAGACGGAGCACUCUGAAGUUUGCUCCUCCAGCACUACUCCCCCUGGAUCACCUUGACCCCCAGACCCCUCAGCUCAGUCAGCUGGUCAGUCAGUGGCAGAAACUUUGGCUCCUGGCACUAGCAAGACAAAAACAUCUUGAACAACACCGGCAAAAACUCAUCGAGAUAGAAGAAUUUGCCAACUUUGACUUUAACAUUUGGCGAAAACGCUACAUUAGGUGGAUAAGCCAUUUGAAGUCUCGCAUUCUAGAUGUCUUCCGAAACAUUGACCGGGAUCAGGAUGGACGAAUCAGCCAGAAAGAGUUCAUCGACUAUGUCCUGGCUUCAAAAUUCCCCACCAACUCUCUGGAAAUGAAUGCAGUGGCAAACAUCUUUGACGUGAACAGUGAUGGUUUCAUCGAUUACUAUGAGUUUGUGAGUGCGCUGCACCCCAGCAGAGAUCCUUACAGGAAAAUGCUCGAUGAAGAUCAAAUCACCGAAGAGGUGAGCCGUCAGGUGUCACAAUGUAAUUGUCCCAAGAGAUUUCAAGUGGAGCAGAUCAGUGCCAAUAGAUACAGAUUUGGAGAUUCUCAACAGUUGCGAAUGGUUCGCAUGUUGCGGAGCACACUGAUGGUCAGAGUGGGAGGAGGCUGGACUGCUCUAGAUGAGUUCCUGGUGAAGAAUGAUCCCUGCAGAGUAAAAGCCCGGACCAACCUGAAGAUCAAAGAGAAGUACUUGUCUCCAACAGGGAGCACCUCGAAAGGUUUGACCGUCAGCAGGUCCAACUCAAGCCUCAGUCUCUACAGCAGUGCCUCCGCCCCAACUAGCCCCAUGACACGCAAGGCAAGCUAUUACUUUCAAACAAUUGGCACCUUUGGUUUGUAAAAGUCCACGCCCUUGCAGGUUACAUCAUAAAAUGGCAUUGACAUUUACCAAUGUAGAUUAUCUUACCAAAGACACCUGACUGCCAACUCUUUUCGCCGUUUAGGCUUUACUGUGCCGAAGUUUUUCAGGCGACCGUUGCGUUCGUCCUCGAAGUUCCAUUGCUGCAUUGGGAUCUGAACUCCUGUUUGUCACAACAGAGGGGCACACCUCUCUAUCACCAUCAGAAGAGGCCGAGAGGCUGCUUCCCACAUCAUUGCCUCAGCCUCCAAAGCUGCAUGUGUGAACUUAACCCAAACAGCCUUAUGGCUGUGAAUGACAGACGCGAGAAGUAGGAGUGUUGUGAUCGAAGGCGCUGUAAAAGCAAACCCAAAAAGCGGACCCUGAAGAGAAAAUACAGAAGGUCAAAAUACAGAAAGAUCUGCAGCUUUGUGGUGUCUGUGGAAACUGAAGACCCUGAAACUGUCCUUUCAAGUGUGAAGAAUGGUCAUUUUUCAUACCCCAGCUCCUGUUUAUGCAUGAGAAUAUAAUUGCAUUCGGAGUAGUGUUGUAGAGGUUUGGCAUGGAAACUUAAUGCAUGGUAGCCUUUUUUUGUCGACGAGCAUCAUUUUCUGGUUUUAUUAUGACCUGAAUCAGAAAGUGUCAACUGCAGCAAUUGUUUGUUUAACUUCGUAGUGGACUUUGGUGCUCGGCCAUGAACAUAUGUAUGAAAAAAAAGUGUGCACACUUUGUGUCGCCCACUGAGUAUCCAAAAACACCUACAACCAAAACCACAAUGAGUGUGCGAGGCUGCCGUAUGUUGGUCUUCAAAUGUAUAUUGUGGAUUUUUUUUUUUUUGGUGCGAAGAUGAUAUUGUUGGCAGGGCCACACCUUCACUGUACAUCUUUUACUAUUUCUGAUGCCAUGUUUUUAAGCGAUCAUGCUUUGCUUGAAGGCUUAGCUAUUUUAGGAUGGUUUCAUUGUGGAAAAUGGUGUUUCCAGUAAUGGCAUUUUGACAAGCUGAUUAUUUUGUGAAGAUUGUUUUUGUUGUUUGUAUUUUUUUGAACAUUGCUGUGAAAGUCUCGCUUUGAUUUUUCUUUUUUACUGCAAUAAGAGUUUCUGCUUUUUCCUUUUCUUUUUUCUUCACCUACUAAGCACUUUCUUUGUCUGACUACUUUACAAUUGGAUUUCAUAAGCGAGAAUAGUUGCGAGAUGCAUUCUAGAAUCUGAAACUAAUGUUUUUGUAAAUAUUGAAAAAGUAAUCUGUCUUUCCAAGCAAUACAGACUUUAGAAUUUACAGUACUUUUGAUUUUGCUUGCCGAGCCAGCAAACCUGUAUCAAAAGUGUGUCUUGUUGCUUGUGUUUCAUUCUGUUAUGUCUAUUAUUGUAAGCCCAUACGCAAACUACAGAAUUGAACCCACUGCUUCAUUGCUAGAUUGAGUAUGUGGUACAUCAGAGAUACCACGGAACUUUAUCCUUGUGUGAUAUGAAAUUUCCCUUGGGGGAGAUGUCAACCCACUGCAAUGUAGAAAGUCAGCAUCAAGACACCAUUUUUUUUGUUCUUGAUUUUAAGAUCUGACAUGACAAAGAGCAGUUGAAAUACUGGAGGGCAGUAGCAUUUGGUCUAUGCAGUCGAAUUGAUUAAUUCAAUAUUUUUACAGCUUGGAAUACACCUUUACAUCCUAUUGUCCUUUUGGCCUCGAUUUGUUUGUAUUGGGAUAUGGGGUAUACUGUGGGCAAAAAACAAGAACAAACAAAAAAAAACCCAACAACAUUUCAACUCAAUUACUAUGCACCCUGAACUUAAUCUACUGUACAUGUUUCUGUACCCAGCACUCAUUACAAUGUUAGUGACCUCUCGCAAUAGAUCACUAAUCUAAUCUAAUAAUUUUCUGUUUACCAAUAAAUGCUUAAUUUCUUACAAAAUUCAAA